UCUCUCGCCUCCCUCCCGACUCUAGGAUCUCCCAUCUCCGUCUCUGUCUCCGCCCCAAUGAAUGCAUCGUUUCAUUCAUUCAUCUAUCUACUGUAUGCAAAGGGUAGCGAGUCGCGUUCGCUGACAAAUGAACGACGCACCAAGAAGGACACGCAUUGCAAGUGUAUCGUAAUCGCUUUGACAAAAACCAACAAACGAUUCAAAAUAAUCGUUGAUUUCUGCUAAAUAACUGCAAGAAAACGCGAUCUUUCUAAGGCGUUAUGUGCCUCCCUAUAGGCUGAUAUGGAUUCCUUGCCAAGGUCGACAGUAACUUCAGGUAGUGGAAUUCGAGCGGGGAGAAAGGUUAUCAAUGUGAAGAUCAACCAUUGACUCCAACCAAUCAAUUCACUUCUAACUGUACCUGAGGGGUUCUAGAAGACAACGCCAUUGCCAUGGAAACGCCCCCGGGUUCCAAGCGGAGGACGGUGGUCGCACAGAUGGAGUCGCCCCGCGCAGGGGGCGUGGCUAUGCUUGCCGUCCUCGGCAACACAGAACCCAACGCCAACCGGGGGGUGGAGCCUAAACUCAAUCUCCAACUGUCGCCAGGCGAGGCCUCGCCCCAUGUCGCCGCGGAUACCAGGAAGUUGAAUGGAGGACGUGGAAGUGGCACCUCCCCUUCCUGUCUGAGGGCUGAUUGCACGGGAAAGGAGGGAUCAUGGCAGAGCAAAGGAGGGAGUAUAGAUGGGAGAGGAGGAGGGGUAUUAAAACCACUAACAACGCCUGAGAGAGAGGAAGUUAAGAAAAGCAGGAUCCCUACUACCACUACCAGCAGCGACCGAAGGCUGAGGUCUCCCAACAUCAAACACACCACGAGCCCUAAAACACACACACACCGAACAGAACACACCUGGGAUGCCAGCUCCAAAGUAGAACACUCCAGAACCCAUCACUUGUCUGCGGUGAGCUCCAAACCCUCGGCUUCCAGAACCGUGCAGGGUUCUAAGGAUCCUCAGAAGGGUUCUAGUUCUAAAGGUCCUGCUCCACCACCCGCCCCCCUGGCCACCUCAAGCCCCAAAUGUAGAACCACCGUUGACGUGAUGCUCACAUCAACCACCUCUGACAUCAUCACAGGGGGACGAGCUUCGGACUCUGACCUGUCCAUGGAAUCACUAGGGGUCAAGGUCAACACACCCCAUAAUUCUCCAUUCCUGACCCCUGACCCCUUCGCCACGGCAACGGACAACACAGAGACGACUCUAGAAAACGCAGCUCGCCGACUGGAAUCCAAAAUGGCCGCCCAAGUCUCAGAGGGGUCGUCGACAGGGACGAUGACAUCACAGAGUGGCACCCGUCUGUUAGGAGGGGGAAUGGCCGGAGGACCUACGUUAUCCCAGAAGGCCAUGCAGCAGAGUGACACGGCGGCAACGCGCGAGGCCCUGGAGAGGGACGUCAACCCCCCAGAGUAUCGCUGGGGUGACGGGCGUAGCCAUGACGAUUGCGCGGGCGGGUUGCCGCGGGAGACCAAGCCACAUGGAGCCCCGCUGGGAGACCCGAGUCACGUGGCAGACGGAAAUGUCAUCGCCAUCACCGGCGGCAACGACGAUGAAGCGUUGUCAAGCUCAACAGAGAAGGGGAAGAAAGAAAUGGGAAGAAAGGAGGAGAAGGAUAAACACCAGCCUCCAGGGACCGGGAGCUCCAGAGUGCGUAAAGAGGCCGGCACCAUGACUAACCCCAGCGAGGUGAGGCGUUCCUGGGGUGAGGCCCGGAGGGAGGUGGGGGUUCAGGCUGUAGUGGAGGUGUGUGACCGCUCCGCCACUACCAGCCCCCGCCUGCUCACCCUGUCCCUACGCUCUCAGAGAGACACAGACUCGAGGUCCAAUGGGCUGACAGCUGGGGGUCAGAGGGGGAGUGUCCUUGUCUGUGACCUCUGCAUGGACCAGCAGGUCAGAGGUCAGGGGUUAAAUGGAGAACUGGGGCCUUUGAUUGGUUUACAGAGCUGUCAGUCAAGGUUGGUCACACCGCAGAACCAGGAGGCGGGACUGAAUGCAGUAGCCCCGCCCCUGUGCUGCAUUCCUAUUGGCCUAGCCCCAUUCCAACACAUCUGUCAGAUAGACAUCGAGCUCUGCAGCCAAUCAGAGCUCCCGAACAGUAAUGAUAAGCUGCCGACCACCAAUGAGGAGCUGCCGACCAGUGUCACAAACGACAAGCAGCAGAAACCAUCCGAGACCCACAGCAAAACUAAAACCAGACAGACAGGCAAUUCAGGUACCAAGACUAGCCACAAACACAGAACCCACUCCUCUCCUUCCCACUCCUCCUCUCACCGGACCCACAGACACAAACCAGGCACGGGCAGAGACAAACAGAAACCAGGGUUGGAAUGGAACCAGACUGGAUCGGACCUGUUCCAGGCAGAGCCAGCCCCAGGGAAGAGUACCACCAAACUGACUGCGGAGAACCCAGAACGAGCUGGUGACCCCGAACAGGAGAGGAAGGACUCUGGGCCGGUGCAGAACGUGGUUUGGGACGAACAGGGGAUGACCUGGGAGGUGUACGGCGCAUCGGUGGAUCUAGAGAGUCUGGGGUUCGCCAUCCAGUCACACCUGCAGUGCAAGAUCCGAGAGCACGAGAAACGCAUCGGAACACUACGGAAGUCUGUCUCCCAAGAGGUUCCCUCUCCGGGAGCGAAGAAGUGGAAGGAGAAGAAGAAGAAGAAGAGGAACGUUUUCCGGUCAAUAUGCCGACCGGGAUGCUGCAGGAAACCUCCAGCGUCGCCCGCAGGGAAGUGAUAGAGCCGCGGAAUGUUUGGAAUGUUUACAGACGAACAUUCUAAUCUAGAUUUGUAGAUCCAUUCUAUAACAUCACCCGCCAGGAAGUGAGAGAAUUUUCGGGUAAUGUUCGUGGGCAUUCCAGAAUGUUCACGGAUGGAUAUUCUAGAACAACAUUAUAGUCACAGGAGGUUGGUGUCACUCUAAUUGGGGAGGACGGACUCGUGGUAACGACUGGAGCGGAGUCAGUGGAACGGUAUCAAAUACAUCAAAACACGUGGUUUCCAUGGUUUCCAUGUUGUUCGAUGCCGUUCCGUUUGCUCCUUUUCCAGCCAUUAUUAUGAGGGCUCCUUCCCCCUCGGCAGCCUCCACUGUUUCUAACCUAGAACAUUCUGUAACAGCAAACCUGUUCCUGUAUUUGAUUACGAGGAUACAUUUUCUACAGUUGUUCUAGGAGGAGGAGAAGAGAUAUUCAAUCCGUCAACUGCAAAGGAACAAAAAUAAAUAAAAACUAUGGAUACUUUCACGCAUUAUUACGACACCACGUAUCUGGUGUUUAGCCAAGACAGUAGCCACACGAACAGCGAGGUGAUGUCCCAGAUGGCACCCUGUUACACCCUAUUUAUAGUGCGCUACUUUUGACCGGAGCCCAUAAACGGAAUAGGGGGGGGGGCCGUUUUGGGACACGGACCAUGAUCUAUACUGUAUCACUGCAUCAUUGAAUGAAGACGAUGAGUUUGUAGCUAAAACAGAAAAAAGGCAUUACGAUUAUAUGAUUCUCAAUUAUGCAUGAGUGUAGCUACAUCUUAGUCAUUUAGCAGACACUCUUAUCCAGAGCGACUUACAGUAGUGAAUGCAUACAUUUCAUACAUUUUUUUUCCCCCUGUACUGGUCCCCCGUGGGAAUCGAACCCACAACCCUGGCGUUGCAAACACCAUGCUCUACCAACUGAGCCACGCGAUACACAAUACACUGUUUAUCGACAUCAGCUGUUUUUCACUGUGGAAAAGAGACUCAAUAUACAUUCAUAUCAGCUGUUUUUCACUGUGGAAGAGAGACUCAAUAUACAUUCAUAUCACCUGUUUUUCACUGUGGAAAAGAGACUCAAUAUACAUUCAUAUCAGCUGUUUUUCACUGAGGAGAGAGACUCAAUAUACAUUCAUAUCACCUGUUUUUCACUGAGGAGAGAGACUCAAUAUACAUUCAUAUCAGCUGUUUUUCACUGAGGAGAGAGACUCAAUAUACAUUCAUAUCAGCUGUUUUCACUGUGGAGAGAGACUCAAUAUACAUUCAUAUCACCUGUUUUUCACUGUGGAGAGAGACUCAAUAUACAUUCAUAUCACCUGUUUUUCACUGUGGAAAAGAGACUCAAUAUACAUUCAUAUCAGCUGUUUUCACUGUGGAGAGAGACUCAAUAUACAUUCAUAUCACCUGUUUUUCACUGUGGAAAAGAGACUCAAUAUACAUUCAUAUCAGCUGUUUUUCACUGAGGAGAGAGACUCAAUAUACAUUCAUAUCAGCUGUUUUUCACUGAGGAGAGA